AUGUGGAUCGCAAUGCAAGACUUGAUGCAGGUUGCCUUGGUUGUGGCCUGCGUUUUCGCCGGAUGGUCUCUCCAGACGUCCGCCUGCUCGUUCCUCCUGCAGCGCAUGACCUAUCCCCUGAAGAAGGCACAGCCGGUGCUCUCGGCUUUCGGGCCCGGACAUGGUUCCUCUCACCCAGCGGGGUCCGUUCAGACCGUGGACUUUACCACGGACCAUGAUGCCAGCGACUCGACCGAGGAGCGGGCGUCAACGUUUAUGGCAAAUCCCGGGAGGACAGUGGGUGCUGCAGUGACUGCAGAGAGGUGGCAGCAGCAGCCGAAGGGUGUGGAUUCGGGGCUUUCGGACGAAGUCGAGUCCGGGGCCGUUGUGAGCUUUCAGACGAAAGGCUGGAUUUCCAAUCAGUUAGAGGACCCCUCAACUCGCUUGUUGCUCUUGGAUGGCAAGCAGACCUUUGACGAGGAUAUCAAACACGAACGGGUCUUCGUCCAAGACGAGGACAGAAAGUGGCUUGGUGAUCUGGCCCAUGAGGGUGGCAGAGACUUGCUAUGGGGUAACGGGUAA